GGGGGGCGAGAGGAAGCCGCUGUAUGUGGAGUUUUUGGACAAAAUGCUUUCUCUGAAGAAAUACUUCACCGAAGGCCUCAUCCAGUUCACCAUCCUGCUCAGCCUGAUCGGCGUUCGUGUGGACGUGGACACCUACCUGAACUCGCAGCUCCCUCCUCUGCGGGAGAUCAUUCUUGGCCAGAGCUCUGCUUACACCCAGACCCAGUUUCACAACCUGCGGAACACCUUGGAUGGCUAUGGCAUCCACCCAAAAAGCGUAGACCUGGACUAUUACUUCACCGCUCGCAGGCUGCUCAACCAGGUGAGGGCCCUGGACAGGUUUCAGGUGCCCACCACCGAAGUCAACGCCUGGUUGGUGCACAGAGACCCCGAAGGCUCCGUCUCCGGUAGCCAGCCCAGCGCCGGCAUCGCCCUCGAGAACGGUGGCAGCCUGCAGGAUGGGAACAGUCCCGACAACGGGGUGAGGGAGAGCGGAGCAGAGCAAGGCUUUGGGGAAGAACUGGAAGAUUUGGGAGCGGUGGCUGCCCCGGUGAAUGGAGACCUGACCAAAGAGGACAUCGAUUUGAUUGACAUCCUGUGGAGACAGGAUAUUGAUCUCGGCGCUGGGCGAGAGAUUUUUGACUACAGCCACCGUCAGAAAGAGAGCGAAGUGGACAAAGAGCUGAGCGAUGGGAGGGAGCGAGGGGACAGCUGGAGGAGCGGAGGGAAUGAGAUCUUGGAUAGAAACCUACUAGUUGAUGGAGAGACCGGGGAGAGUUUCCCUGCGCAGGUGCCCGGCGCGGAGGAUCAGACAGCCCUGUCCCUGGAGGAGUGCCUUAGGCUGCUGGAGGCCACCUUCCCUUUCGGGGAGAAUUCGGAGGCUCCAGGCAUCGUGCCUGUGAUCCAGACCAGCCUGCUGUCUCCUCUCCUCGCCGAGACCGAGUCGCCCUUCGAUCUGGAGCAGCAGUGGCAGGACCUCAUGUCUAUCAUGGAAAUGCAGGCUAUGGAAGUGAACAACACGACGGCAGAGACCCUCUACAACGGCACGAGCGGGGACCUGCUGACUUCGAACUACAGCCUCGCCCCCAACACUCCCAUCAAUCAGAAUGUCAGCCUGCAUCAGGCCUCCCUGGGGAGCUGCUCGCAGGACUUCUCCCUCUUCAGCUCCGAAAUCGAAAGCCCCACCAUGGCUGGGAGCUCGGCCUUGCUCCAGCUGGCGCCGGACAACUCCACCGGCCUCAACUCCACCUUCGGCUCCACCAACUUGAGCGGCAUCUUCUUCCCUCCCCAGUUGAACAGCACGGUCAACGAGACGGCCGGCCCCGAGCUGCCCGACCCACUGGGAGGUCUCCUAGACGAAGCCAUGCUCGAUGAGAUCAGCUUGAUGGACUUGGCCAUUGAAGAAGGUUUCAACCCCGUGCAGGCCUCCCAGCUGGAAGAGGAGUUCGAUUCCGACUCAGGUCUUUCCCUGGAUUCCGGCCACAGUCCUGCUUCUCUGAGCAGCUCGGAAGCUUCCUCCUCAUCUUCCUCUUCCUCCUCCUCCUCUUCCUCCUCCUCGUUUUCUGAGGAAGGAGCUGUUGGCUACAGCUCAGACUCCGAAAACGUGGACUUUGAAGAAGCGGAAGGGGCGGUUGGAUACCAGCCAGAGUACAGCAAGUUCUGCCGCAUGAGCUACCAGGACCCGGCGCAGCUCCAUUACCUGCCUUACCUGGAGCACGUUGGCCACAACCACACCUACAACAUGGCCCCGGGGGCCCUGGAUCCCGAGGAGCCCAAACUGCCCAACGCGGGGAAGAAGAGCAGCAAGGAGAAGCCGUCCGAGUUCCUGGACAAGCAGAUGAGCAGGGACGAGCAUCGAGCCAGAGCCAUGAAGAUCCCUUUCACCAACGACAAGAUCAUCAACCUGCCGGUGGAGGAGUUCAACGAGCUCCUCUCCAAGUACCAGCUGAGCGAGGCCCAGCUCAGCCUCAUCCGCGACAUCCGGAGGCGAGGCAAGAACAAGAUGGCUGCCCAGAACUGCCGCAAGAGGAAGCUGGACACCAUCCUCAACUUGGAACGGGACGUGGAGGACUUGCAACGGGACAAAUCCAAACUGCUCAGGGAGAAAGUGGAAUUCCUCAAAUCCAUCCGUCAGAUGAAGCAAAAGGUGCAGAACCUCUACCAGGAAGUCUUCGGCCGCCUGCGGGACGAGAACGGGCAGCCCUACUCCCCCAGCCAGUACGCCCUGCAGUACGCCAGCGACGGCAGCGUCAUCUUGAUACCCCGCGCCGUGGCCGACCAGCAGGUCCGGCGGCAGGAGAGGAAACAGAAGGACCGGAGGAAGUGAAAAAGGGGGGGAACGGCCACGCGGGAGGAGUCGGGACACUCUCUCAAAAGUGAGAAACUGGAGAAGGGCUGAGCCUGGAAGUACUUUAGAGGAACUUUCAUGCCUUCUUAUCCGCUAUAUCUUCUCGAAUACAAAAAAAAAACCCCCACAAAAAACAAAAAAACACAAACAAAAAAAAAAACAACCACCCACAAACGUGACUCUGCUGCCGGUCGGGGCGCGGGAGAGACUGCGGGACCCGCAGGCUGAGGUUGGAGGGGCUGGAGGGGCUCCCCGCGGGGAGGGACGGGGAGGAGCGGCCCCUGCGCUGCCCGGAGCCCGGCGCCUGCCGCGACCCCCGCGUCCUGGGGCGCAGGGAAGGAGCCGGCGGCACCGGGGGUGAGGUUGGCAGAGGUGGAAAAACUACUGUUAGGAACUGGCUUUAAAUAAGACAAGAGAUUUAAGCAAACGAACUGAAAACAAGUUAUAGGAGAGACAUUUUUCUGAACUUCCAAAGUUCUGUGAUUUCAGGUAGUUGGUUUUUUUUUUCUUUUUUUUAAAAUUUUGUUUUCCUUUUUAUUUUAUUUUUUUUUUUCGCUUUUUUAUUUCUUUUCUUCCUUUUCCCCAACCAGUUUUGACAUCGGUGUGUGUGAUUCAAUCCCACUUAAUUCCAGCUUGACCGCCAUCCCUUCCCAGAGCAGAGCAGUGCACAGACCAGUGCACACGUGUGUGGAGACACGAGUGGUGUGACUUCCAUUAACCCUUUCCAGGCUGGGGGGGGGAAGAAACGGGCUGAUGGGAGAACUGUUACGGAACUGGAGGAGCUGUGACACCUCGGUGGGGGGGGGAACUGGGUCUGGAGCUGGAGAGGGUUAAGAGAAAGGGUGUGAUACGUGGUUUAUCCACCCCCCUCACCACACUCAGAGCAUGUCACUGCCCCCAGCAGCCUGCAUGCACCCCCCGCCUUCUCCCACCCACGGAGCCGCCUGGGGAGGAAGGCGAGGAGGAAGAGGAGGAGGAUGAGGAUGGUCAAGUCCCCCCUCCUGGUCAGCAUACAGCACAAAGAGGAGGGGACAGAGGGUUCCCACCCCAGGCCGUGGGUUCAUCACUUAUAGAAAUUAGCCAGCUGUUAGGAUUCCUCUUUCUUAACCACGCUUUAUUAUUAUUUUUUUUUUUUAGGGCUUCCGCCCUGGGGGUUGUUUUGAUUUAUUUUGAAUUUGUUUUCCUUUUUAUUUUUUUUUUUUUGCUUUUUUAUUUUUUUCCUUCCUUUUCCCCAACCAGUUUUGACAUCGGUGUGUGUGAUUCAAUCCCACUUAAUUCCAGCUUGACCGCCAUCCCUUCCCAGAGCAGAGCAGUGCACAGACCAGUGCACACGUGUGUGGAGACACGAGUGGUGUGACUUCCAUUAACCCUUUCCAGGCUGGGGGGGGGAAGAAACGGGCUGAUGGGAGAACUGUUACGGAACUGGAGGAGCUGUGACACCUCGGUGGGGGGGGGAACUGGGUCUGGAGCUGGAGAGGGUUAAGAGAAAGGGUGUGAUACGUGGUUUAUCCACCCCCCUCACCACACUCAGAGCAUGUCACUGCCCCCAGCAGCCUGCAUGCACCCCCCGCCUUCUCCCACCCACGGAGCCGCCUGGGGAGGAAGGCGAGGAGGAAGAGGAGGAGGAUGAGGAUGGUCAAGUCCCCCCUCCUGGUCAGCAUACAGCACAAAGAGGAGGGGACAGAGGGUUCCCACCCCAGGCCGUGGGUUCAUCACUUAUAGAAAUUAGCCAGCUGUUAGGAUUCCUCUUUCUUAACCACGCUUUAUUAUUAUUUUUUUUUUUUAGGGCUUCCGCCCUGGGGGUUGUUUUGAUUUAUUUUGUUUUUUUUUUUUUUUCCCCUAUAGGGUCUAGAGUGCUUGUGUUGAGUAAAAGGGAGAAGCCCAACCGUUCAAAGCUGCUAAAUGUUCUCUUUGCCAUAAAGAUUCCGUGUAACCGUGUGAUCACAUUAUAGGAUUCUCUUCUGUCCCUAGGUGUUGGUCUGACUUCCUUUGUUUUCAGGAGGGGGGUGGGGGUAGUGCCUUGAUCACUGUCGGUCUCUGCCACACGGAGACCAUCCUAGAAGCUGUAUUUACAAUAUAGCACAGCUGGGAGUGUACUGACUUUACCAGCAACUGAAAAAAAAAAAAAAGCUUAAAAUGAAAAAAAAAAACCACAAAACAACAAAAAAAAAAUAAUAGGCUUUUUCCUAGCCAGUCCUGUGCACGUGAAUCGGGGUGAGAGAAGACUCGGGGUGGUAACUCAAGGGAAGGAAACCUGGGAAUGCAGGAGGGAAGCCUGGAGCAACCCCCGGGGGAAGAUUUCUGGCCCUGGGUAUGUGUUUUGGGGUUUUGUUUUUUUUUUUUUCCCCAGGCUCCAGGGAAAAUGGUUGGAUUUCGAGGGGAAUCGGGGGCGGUUGCUGCGGCCCUGGGCAGUGGGGUCUCCCCUCCCGGCCUCUGAGAUCCAACAGCUUUUACUUACAGCACGAGACGAAGCACAAGUGGUGGAGAUGUGGGUGUGGGGAGGUUGGAAGGGAGCCCUGCGCGUAUGUUUUAAAUUAUUUUCCUCUUAGAAACUUUUAUUUUAAUGAUCUGUGACCUGUCAGGGAAAGAAGAGAGAUUGUGUGAGCACAGGACAAAAAUAAAACGGCUUAUUCACUGUACCA